CUGUUUUUCUCAACCGCUCUUUCAGGCGCUGUUCUCCUCGUCGCCGCCACUGCACCUGCCGCACCCACCGUUGCCACCUGAACCCUUGUAGCCGAUCGUCGCCUCCGCCAUCGUCUGUGUGAGCCUCGUCCAGUCGUCCUCGAGACCUCGACCCAGAAUGGGAAGUACAGUGGAGGAUUGGUCGCAAUAUGGAAUUUCAAUGGAGGAAAAGGACAAGCUUGUUGGAGAAGUAAUCCGUUAUAUGCUUUUUAAAACUCAUCAAAAUUCAGGGUGCCCAAUUAAGAGAACUGAGCUUACUCAACUGGUUACAAAAAACUAUCACCAGCGUAACCUUCCUGCUUCGGUGAUAAAUGAGGCCAAAGAGAAGCUUUCAACCAUAUUUGGCUAUGAAAUGAGAGAGCUUCAAAGAUCUCAACCUUCAUCCAAAAACCAGGCACAACUUUCUCAGCAAAAUGUUGCUGAUUCAAAAUCCUAUGUCCUCAUUAGUCAGCUGCCUCCCAAUGUAUAUAAAAAAUAUGUUGAAGAUGUAAAUACUGCACAUCUGACUGGUUUCACUUUUGUCAUUGUUAGCAUAGUGCAUCUUGCAGGUGGGAAAAUUCCUGCAGAAAGUCUCUUUAGCCAUAUGAGGAGAAUGGGUUUGUCUGAAAAUCAAGAAAGCCAUCCUCAACUUGGAAACGUGAAGCAUGCAUUGGAACUUCUUGUUCAGCAAAGAUAUUUACAAAAGAGCAAUGUCAAUGGUCCUGAGGGCAAUACUUUAUUUUAUGAGCUUGCCGAAAGAGCUUUAGAUGGACCCGUUGGUGACAAGAUCAAAGAAUAUGUAUCUCAGAUUGUGAAGAACGACAACAAUUCAGUGGAUGAUGAAUAGACUCAGUGUUCUGAUAGAGAGAAUUACAUGUCUUUGACUAACUGCUGAACUCCAGGAGAAUCUGGGUGUGCCUUUUUUGUCAUGUUCAGCGAAUUCAUAUAUGUAAGAGAAAGAUGACAAGAAGCUAGAGCAUAAUUUAUUUGAAAUUUAGUAAUUAGAGUAAAUUACAAGGCUUAAAACUUUUAGUCU